GGAACUUGACGUUGAUAUUGUCUAGGAUAUUAUGGCAUUUCCAUUGAAUUACUGAUCGAUUUGUGUAUUUCGAGAAACGGACCAUUCAGUUGAUGGAAAAAGGUCGGCGUUUGUUUUCUUGUGGGCUGAUGUGUUUGGAUAGGGUUUCUGAGAAGUGAACAUGGCUUUCGAAAAACUACAUUAUCUGCCUAUUGCUAUAGCCGUUCUCUUCCCAGUAACAUUCAUACUGUCGUAUUCUAUAGCAGUUGCUCAUGAAGAUGUCACUCCUCUCUUUCCUUACAUAAGCGAUACAGGAACGUUUUCUCCUGAAAGUUGUAUUUUCGGGCAAUUGCUCAACUUGGGGGCUUUAUUAGUUGGGUUUUCCGCCUACUUUCGAUAUCUGCAGCUGCGAGAUCUCCAUCAAAACAAUCAAGUUCCCUUCGUAGUCGAGAGACUGAAUGGAAAAACUUGUAUCAUGGGAUUAUUGGCGGCCUUCGGCAUCAGUAUAGUUGGGAACUUCCAAGAGAAGAACGCUCUGGUAGUCCAUCUAAUUGGAGCACUUUUAGCUUUUGGAGUUGGAGGCGCCUAUAUCUGUUUACAGAGCUAUAUCUCGUUCAAAAUAUACCCGCUCUUGGGCAAUAAGACCCUGAACUGGAUAAGGGUUGUGCUGGCUGCUGGGACAAUAAUUUCUUUUAUAUUUGUCUUCCUGUUUGCAGUGAUAGCGGGUGUUGUCGGAAAAAAUCAAGGUAAUGCAAAUUCGACAAAAACGAUCAACCCCAUGUGGAAACAGGACGAGGCAGGAUGGGGCUGGCAUUUCAUGAGCACGCUCAGCGAAUGGAUCCUUGCUUUUUGCAUGCUUCAGUAUCUCUCAACUUUCGCGCAUGAUUUCAAAAGGUUGUCACUGCAUGCAAUCACGGUCUCGAACAAGUUGAAGUGAAAGUACUCGAUCAUCAUGCUGGAAUGAGGCUGCAAAGAUGAUAUUCUUCGCCACUAUAGCGUCCAAAUUAUUUAUUGUUGCUUUUUCCUGAUCAGUACUCGGUGAUUUCUAUACGCUUCAUUCUUUUCCGUUAUUCGGAAGAAUGAACAUUGAUAAAUUUCGUAGCAAUAUUCUUCAAUUCACAGUACAUUUUUUCCGGUGAUUAUUUUUUCCUGAGCCAAUAUAAAUUUGAAAUCAUUGUGUUAUUGGGAAGAGAGAUUUCGAGAGAAAUAACUGAAAAAACAUACAUUUUUCAAAAAUUAAAAAAAGGGAUCUAUUAGAAAAAUGUUCUAGAAUGGUAUACAGCGUCAUCUAUGUUGGAAUUGAGAAAGUAGAAUGUAAAUCUUGAAAAAAUCUUUUAUCUCUUGAUAAAGAGUACUUUGGACCAAUAUAGUUGGCGCUGACAAAUUGAUACUUUGUAUUUUAUAAAUACCAAUACUCAAAAAUAUAUAAUAUAAAUAUUGUUUUCCUGA